AUGGAAUUCGAUCCUAAGACCCCUCAAUUCCUCACUUCAGACCCGUCGAGCUUCGCCUCAGUCUCGGCGGACGACCGAUGGCCGGUGAUUAUUACCGGUGCUAUCGAUGACCUGCACCGCACAUCUGCCGAAGUUAGUGAUGCAGAGAAGCAAAAGGAAGCCAAGGCUAUCAUCGAGAAGCUCGCCAAAUUGAAAUACGAGCUGCAGCACAACCGGCAACUGACGCCCUUGGAUGAUGACGGCGAAUCGGAUAUUGCUAGCUACAACCAAGAGUUAGAGCAGCGUGGGAACCCUGUCUGGCACGACGCGCCCUGGCUUUAUGCCGAAUGCUACCUUUACCGUCGCAUUGAGACUUUCUUCGCGCUUUCCACCCACUGGAAGGGCUACGAUGUGUUUGCUCGACAGAAGAUGUCGACGUUCAAGUCGUCGCGCCCCGCUGUCCUCGAACUUGCAGCUCGAUACCGCGAGCUCGCACUCGAGGCUGAAUCAGGCAAAAGCUCGGAGGGCAAAUCUCCCGAAGAGAUCGAAGAGGCUGAAAAGCUUCUCUUCUCGGAGAUGUGCGAGAUCUGCCUUUGGGGCAACGCUACCGAUCUGUCACUCUUGACCUCUCUCACAUACGAAGAUAUCCAGAAGCUGCAGGGCUCACAAGCUCGGAAGGCCUCGCAGAGCAACAUUCUUGUCAACGACAUCGAUGCUGCUUUCGCGACCUUGCAGAAGGCUCGCCGGGAGAAGAAGGACGGCGAGCGCCGUGUCGAUAUCAUCCUCGACAACUCUGGCUUUGAGCUUUUUGUCGACCUGAUCCUGGCGGGCUACCUCCUGUCCACCGGCUUGGCUACCAGCAUCAUCCUUCACCCGAAACGUCUCCCCUGGUUCGUCUCUGAUGUCACUCCAAAAGACUUCUCCGACCUUCUCAACAGCAUGGUCGACCCGCAGGCCUUCUACACUGCUGCGGACGACACGGGCAAGACUUAUCCCAAGCUUUCAGAGAAGGAAGUCGAAGACGUCCGAUUCCUUUUUGAACAGUGGAGCGGUUUCCACCAAGACGGCAAGUUGAUCGUGCGCCCGCACCACUUCUGGACUACCCAGGGUUGCUACUGGCGUCUGCCGCACCAGGCACCCGAACUCUUCGAAGACCUGAAAGAGAGCGAGCUGGUCCUGCUCAAGGGCGAUCUCAACUACCGCAAACUGACCAAUGAUGCUCAAUGGGACCCCACCACCCCCUUCACAACAGCUAUUGGCCCUCUGGGUCCAAAGUCUGGAGUCCGUAUCCUGGCUUUCCGUACCUGCAAGGCUGAUACUGUGGUCGGCCUCCCGCCAGGCACAGACGAGAAGCUCCGCCAGCAGCCCGAUGGAGGCGGCGACCAGGGUCGCAAGUGGGCUUGGAGCGGCAAAUGGGCUGUUGUUUCGUUUUCCGACGGCAAGGCCUAG